CGGCUGCUGCAGCUGCCGCAGCGCUGGCCGCGGCUCGGGCUCCGGCUCCCGGGCAUUUAAAGGGGACGCGGUGGCAGCGGCGGCCGGCGGCGGGAGCAGGGAUGGGGGGCAAGUGGAGAGGACUGUCUAGACACACGUCACCCACAGUCCCUGGGGCCCAGAGGGUAUCGUGAGCUGAAGCCCAGGAAUCCGGGGGUGGCUAAAACAUCGCGUCCCCCAAUCCCGCAAGCACCCUUGCGCCCACAAACCCUAACUGCCCCCCAGUCCUUAGCCUCCCAGCUCAGCCGGGACGGACCCCACCACGCCGCCCCACCUGCCACCUCCCUGCCCCGGACUCGGAUCCUCUCUCAGCCUGGCCACCAAGGAGGGACAGCCCAGAGACCCUGGGGUGACCGCCAAAGAACUGGACAACGCAGGACAAAGCUCCAGGAGGCUGGCCUCGAACUUGUAGUGAUCCUCCUGCCUCAGCCUCCAAGUGCUGGGGUUCCGGAUGUGCUGGGAUUAACAGGCAGUCACCAGGAGCUGACAACUAGAAGACCGGAGUCCCUAGAGCUGGUGCCCAGCGUGACCCAGCAACCAUGAGCGGGUGUCUUUCAGUCUCCAGCCUCCGAUGCCUAACUAGGGUGUGCUGUGGCCUGGCGCGGGAGGCUCCCACCUCCCCCCGCUCUCCUGCUGCCCGCUUGCUUCGGACUCUGGCAGGACUCCCCCUUGCUCACCCGCUCCUCCUGGGGAACUGGCAAGUGAUCCGGGGUCUCCAAUGUGCCAGCGCCCCUGGCGGCGGCCUGCUAACCAGCUCCUCCUCCUCCCGGGCCGGCUCGCGCCGCGCCCCCUCUCGCUUGUCCCCUUCUCCUCCUGUCCCCCCUGCUCCCAGGACGGCAGGAUGGCCGCCCAGGGCGCGCCGCGCUUCCUCCUGACCUUCGACUUCGACGAGACCAUCGUGGACGAGAACAGCGACGAGUCCAUCGUGCGCGCCGCGCCGGGCCAGCAGCUGCCCGCCAGCCUGCGCGCCUCCUGCCGCGAGGGCUUCUACCACGAGUACAUGCAGCGCGUGUUCCGCCACCUGGCCGAGCAGGGCGUGCGGCCGCGGGACCUGCGCGCCGUCUACGAGGCCAUCCCGCUGGCGCCGGGCAUGGGCGAGCUGCUGCAGUUCGUGGCCAGGCAGGGCCCCAGCCUGGAGGUCAUCCUCAUCUCCGACGCCAACACCUUCGGCGUGGAGAGCAGGCUGCGCGCCGCCGGCCACCUCGGCCUGUUCCGCCGCAUCCUGAGCAACCCGUCAGCGCCCGACGCGCGGGGACAGCUGGCCCUGCGCCCCUUCCAUGCGCACGGCUGCACGCGCUGCCCCGCCAACAUGUGCAAGCACCGCGCGCUCGGCGACUACCUGCGGGAGCGCGCGCGCGACGGCGUCCACUUCGAGCACCUCUUCUACGUGGGCGAUGGCGCCAACGACUUCUGCCCACUCGGGCUGCUGGCAGCCGGCGACGUGGCCUUCCCGCGCCGCGGGUACCCCAUGCACCGGCUCAUCCUGGAGGCGCAGAAGGCCGAGCCCAGCUCCUUCCGCGCGAGCGUGGUGCCCUGGGACUCAGGCUGCGACGUGCGCCAGCACCUGGAGCAGGUGCUCAAGGGGUGCUGAGCCGGCCGGGCAGGGGGGCCCCCCGAAGAACAGCAGAGACCCCCUCUCCUCUGUCCCCUUGCUCAUCUGUGCCGCUGCGUCCCUCGGAGGGCGGGAAGCGGGUCUAGAGCCCUCGCUGUCUAUGCAGUUACCCCAGCCCGGUUGCCUCGCCCUGUUCCAUGCCAAAUGGUUCUGGGAUCUGGCUCCGGGAGAGGCAUUUCCAAAGCACCUCGUUUUCUGAACUGAGAGAAGCGGGGAGAAGGGGCAUCUCCUUCCUCAUAGCUUAAACUGCCGGAUCUGGAGGCGCAUGCUUGUCGUUCCAGCAUUCGGGAGGCUGAGGCAGGAGGAUCUCUGAAAGCUCUAAACUGGCCUCAGCUGCAGGGCUUUCAGCUUUGACUGCUGCCUUGGGCUUCAAAGCCUCUCCGUCUUCUCUCAAGAGAUCCUCAGGACCCCCAGUUCCUCGAAACCCCCUCCAUCCUGCUUCAACCAACCCUGCACAAUUUCUGUGCUUGCUAUGCCUUCUUGCCUUCCGCCCCACCAUCCCAGCCCAGCACCCGUGGGAGGAAAUAAAGCCAGGAGACACCGUC